CUGACGCUUGCAUUUGUAUUUGAUUCGCGUCCCGUUUACAUAUAAUUUAAAGGUUUGGAAACGAUUCAGAAGCAAGAGUCUAGUCAUUCGUCGUAGUCACGCUGUUGGUUGUGUCGUCGUCGUCGUCGUUGUUGUCGCUGCAGUAUGUCUGAGAAACCGACUGUUUUAAUUUUGGGCGGCUGCGGCUUCAUUGGACGCAACUUGGUGACUUACUUGCUGAAGAAUGAUCUGACGCAGGAAAUACGAAUUGUUGAUAAGACGCCGCCACAAAUGGCUUGGCUGAAUGAACAGCAAACUAAGGCCUUCGCUCAUGAUAAAGUCGAGUUUUUCAGCGCGAAUUUAAUUAAUGCCGCCUCAUGCAAAUUGGCAUUCGCACCACACCCAACAACGAAUCGAGGCUGGGAUUUGGUCAUCAACUGUGCAGCCGAGACGCGUGCGAACCAAGAUGAUGCCGUCUAUAAGGAGGGCAUCUACAAGCUGAGCAUGAACUGUGCCAAUGAGGCAGCCAACCAGCAGGUGAAACGCUUUGUGGAGCUCAGCUCGGGCUGUGUGAACAGCAGCGAGAAGACGCCGCUGAAAGAAGACUGCAAGCUAGAGCCCUGGACGGGCGUGGCCAAACAAAAGCUUAAAGUCGAAAAGGAGUUGGCACAGAUUAAUAACCUUAGCUAUACGAUUGUGCGGCUGCCAAUUGUUUAUGGCAUUGGUGAUAAGCGCUACUUAAUGCCACGCAUCAUAAUAGCAGCCAUAUACAAAUUUCUGGGCGAAACAAUGAAACUGUUGUGGAACGAUGCGAUGCGUCUCAACACGGUGCAUGUGAACGAUGUGUGUGCUGCGAUUUGGCAAUUAGCUCAGAGUCCAAAAACGGCUGGACAAGUCUACAACAUUGUGGAUGACUCAGCGUCUACGCAGGGCAGCAUCAGCGAGUUGCUAGUAGAUAUUUUUGAAAUCAAUGUUGAAUACUUUGGCAUUGUUAUGUCCAAUUUGACCAAGCUGUAUCCAAGCGACACGGUGGGUGAAAUCAAUGAUAAGCACAUGGCGCCCUGGGCAGAUAUUUGUCAACACAAUGGCAUUGAUAAUACACCGCUGACACCCUACUUGGAUGAGGAGCAACUGCAUCAUAAGCACCUCAAUCUGGACAAUACGAAACUAAAAGACUUUGGCUAUGUGCUGCAGCACCCAAAGGUGACGCGCGCCCUGCUUAUGGAAAUGAUUGAUGAUUAUGUGAAACAGCAGCUCUUCCCCAAAUCUUUGGCCAUUUAAAUUGAAGCAAUGAACUCAUUUUGGAUCAAGCACCAAGUUAAUACGCACAGAACAAUCUUUUAGUAGUUAAGUUGAAAGUUUUCUACUAUAUAUACGACCACAAACUAUCUUCCACAAUUUAUGCCAGGUUUUUUGGCGUGUAAUUUGUUUUGUAGCG